AUGCACCAAAGAUUUUACACCACUAAUUCGAAGCCGGAACCAAGAAUAAACCCACAUACCGUGUUCUAUCGUCAGUUUUCAAAACCGUUCUUAAAAAUUUGCGCUCUUUCACUUGGAACUUAUUAUGGAUUGAUAUAUACAUGGGAGUAUUUGGAAAAGAAGGACAUAGAACGAGAUCAGAAAAGACGAGCUUCUUGA